UUUUGUGCAGUGCUAGUGAUUAGAGUGAAUACUGUGCAAUAUUGUGUAGCUGUUUAGUUUUACUAUACUGUGUAGGAGCUUUCAAUUGUGGAUUUUAAUUAAUAUUUUGAUCGUAAUUCGUUGAUUUUGAAUGUGUUGAAUUUUAUUCAGUAAUGGCUUUUAAUUUAUUUAAAAACAUAUUAAAACAAAGGAAUUUGUCGCUAGUGGUAUAUUCUGGUGUAAAACAAUUAUCAACUGCACCUCUACAAAAAAGUAGUCGACAUGCAAGCCGAAUUUAUAACCUGAAAAAUAAUGAGGCAAUAUUAUUGUCACCUAAAGUGAUCCUCAAUGAAUAUAAUAAACAUUGUUAUUCCACAAAUGUUGCUCCAAGUACAGACGAGGAAUAUAUUAAUGAACACAACAUAACAAUUAUUGGAAAAAACGUUCCCAGUCCAUUUAGAGAUAUUGAUACAAGUGGGUUUCCAGAUUACAUUAAAAACUUUCUGAAAUUACAUGGUAUUACAAAUCCUACUGUUAUACAAUCUCAAGGAUGGCCUGUCGCCUUAGAAGGCAAUAAUUUUGUAGGUAUUGCACAAACUGGUACUGGUAAAACAUUGGCAUUCCUGUUACCAGCAGUAGUUCACUUGAAAGAAAAAGAAGCUAAAAGAGGUAGAGGCCCCAGGGUUUUAGUUUUAGCUCCUACUAGAGAACUGGCUAGGCAAAUAGAAAAGGUAGCAAAGCAAUUUGAGACAUCAUUGAAUAUUCGUUGUCUAUGUGUGUAUGGGGGAGCAAAUAGAUCAGUGCAAGCAAAGGAACUUAGAUCUGGAAUAGAUAUCUUAAUAGCUACACCAGGCAGGCUAAAUGACUUCAUUGACAGUAAGGAAACAAGUCUAUCCAGAUGUACUUAUGUUGUAUUGGAUGAGGCUGAUAGAAUGUUGGAUAUGGGAUUUGAGCCACAAAUAAGGAAGGCAUUAGAAGGUGUUCCUCUUGAAAGGCAAAUAUUGAUGUUCUCAGCUACAUGGCCCAAGGAAGUACAAUAUCUUGCAAAAGAUUACCUGGGUGAAUUCAUUCAAGUGAACGUUGGCUCAACUGAUUUAACGGCCAAUCAUAAUAUCACACAGCAUGUCCACAUUGUGGAACAUCAUUCUAAAAUGGACAAGUUCAAAGAAAUCAUGCAUGCAGUAUCAGGGGAUGGUUUUGGUAAAAUCCUAGUGUUUACAAACACAAAGAGAUUUGUUGAUAACUUAGAAUUGACACUAAAGAGAAAUGGUUGGCCUGCUGUUGGAAUACAUGGUGACAAGACACAGUAUCAGAGAGAUGUCAUCAUCAAUAAAUUCCGAAGUGGUAGGACUAACAUACUUGUUGCCACAGAUGUUGCCGCUAGAGGAUUAGAUGUUGAUGGCAUAACACACGUAAUAAACUAUGAUUUCCCACAAACAUCUGAGGAUUACAUUCAUCGGAUUGGGCGCACUGGCCGUUCUCAAAACAAGGGCACUUCACAUACAAUACUGACCAGUGAUGAUGGAAGGAAUGCUAAAAGCUUAUUAGCAGUUCUCAAAGAAGCAAAUCAGGAAAUACCUCAAGAACUGGAAGAUCUGGCGCGUGACUUUGAUCAUACAAAGGAAAUACAGCGUAAGUCAAAGCAGCAAAAUAGGGGUUUCAACUUCAGAAAUACAAGAAAGUUUGGUAAUUUUCAUAGAAAAAGUUUUUACUAGCUAUGAUGUAGUUGUAGAUUUUAAUAUUGAAACUGUUUGAUGUACUGUGAUAUAAAAUGGUUUAGUUGAA